AUGGGAAAGUCCUGGGGCAUUAAACUGAAUGCUGCUCUAUGGAUAUACAAAUCGGUAUUGUUACCGAGAUUAACAUAUGCUGCUGUAGUCUGGUGGCCUAGAGUAAAAAUGACGGAGGCAAGGAACCUGCUAAGAAGCCUACAGGGUAACUACCUAAGGGCUGCGGCAAGGACAAUGAGAACAACACCAACAGAAGCGCUGGAAGUAGCACUUUGUAUUCCUCCUCUAAGUCAACAAAUAGUCAGCACCGCUGGACUCACAGCAUAUAGACUAAGGUGUCAGGGGGAGUGGAGACAAUUCGAGACAGGUCAUACCAAACUCGGGUUUCUCCACAAAUUUCCCUUCACACUGAAGCAAGAUAGAAUACUCAGAAUAUACCAAAUGCGUGGUUCACCGAUGGAUCUGGAGAAAACGACCGCUUUGGAGCAGGUUAGCCACAGUUUUCCAAGCGGAGGUUUUGGCUAUCCUGGAAUGUGCAAGACUCCUGCUCUCAAAGGAGACUAUGGCAGGAGGAUCCAUAUCUACACAGAUAGUAAAGCCGCUAUAGGAGCCCUUACUAAGACCACCACUGAAUCAUCAGUGGUUUGGGACUGCAUGCAAACUCUGAACAGAUUGGGAGAUCAUAACAAGAUCACACUAAUUUGGGUACCCGGUCAUCAAGGUAUCCGCGGUAAUGAGAUAGCGGAUAGCUUGGCAAAGCUGGGCACCUUAGAGGAACCAGCUGGCCAAAAAGUCGGCGUUCCCUUUGCCGUAGAGAAAAAUUAUAUCAAGGGUCGGCUGAAGCGAGAGCACCAGGACUCUUGGAAGAAACUGAAAAGCUGUCGCCAGGCCAAACUCUUGAUGAGUCAGCCAUCGUCAAGCAGGGUUAAAGAACUGCUGGCUAUGGAUAAAGAUAGACUAAGAUUAAGUAUCGGUCUUCUCACUGGACACUGGGCUUUCAAGGUACAUUUGUACAACAUGGGACUGGCCGACGAAGCAAACUGCAGAUUAUGCGGUGAGAAAAAGGAGGACAGCAAGCAUAUACUGUGUCGCUGUCCAUUCUUAGUUCUUAAAAAACUAUCCUUGGGUUGCAUGUUUGUGAGGCCCGAGGACCUGAAAAAUAUCAAGAUCAGCCAUCUGCGAAGCCUGGCAGAAAAUGCCGGGCUGAAGCAGAUAGGCCGAUAA